UGUAAAACAAAACAAAAAUAAGAAACGAAUAAAUAACGAUUUUUGUUAACAAAUAAUCCAGGUGUGUGAAAAGUGCGUUAUUUUAUUAAUUUGCAAGUGGUUGUUGCCACCGCUUAAUAUCGUUUAAAAUUACUUGAGUAAGAAACCGGAAUUAAAAGAUUUGUGAUAAAUUGUGUUAACAAUCGUUUAAACGAAUGUAUGCUUUCAUUAACGAACCGCUUAUUUGGGCGUAUUGCGUACGCUUACUUCACGCGUCCGCGGAAUCAUAACUAUGCCAAGGCCAUCACGUGAAUCUUACGGCGAUCAGAAGCCACCAUAUUCGUACAUUUCCUUAACAGCCAUGGCCAUCUGGAGUUCACCGGAAAAGAUGUUACCGUUAAGCGAUAUAUACAAAUUUAUAACCGAUCGUUUCCCUUAUUAUCGCAAGAAUACCCAACGCUGGCAAAAUUCAUUAAGGCAUAACUUAAGUUUUAACGAUUGCUUCAUCAAGGUACCAAGACGUCCCGAUCGACCAGGCAAAGGUGCUUAUUGGGCUUUACAUCCGCAAGCGUUUGAUAUGUUCGAAAAUGGCAGCUUACUGAGGCGAAGAAAACGCUUUAAAUUGCAUAAAAACGAUAAGGAUUUGUUGAACGAAGAGCUGGCUGCUCUAGCAAACCUGAAUCGUUUCUUUUUUACGACGACUACCGGCCAUGCAGCGAUGGGUGCGAUGCCCCCUAUGGAUAUGUCCACUGCGGCCAUUAUGGGAGAUCCUACGCUGUAUAUGGCCAGAAUGCCACCUGUCGCCAGCCUUCAGCAACAUUCAUCGUCUUCUGCUCAUCAUAAUCCCCAUAACCAUAGCGCCAUUUCACCGGCGGCUUUAGUUCAGCAUAACACCCAAACAUUAGCAUCAUUAUCUGCACCUGCCACAGCAACAACAACUAUUUUAACUCAUCAGCCACCGUCGUCAGCUUUGGACGCCGUCAUGCAGUUUAGCAGUUAUCGACCAAAGCGGGCAUUCACCAUUGAGAGUCUGAUAACACCCGAUAAGCCAGAUGGUUCCAUUUCGGGUGAAAGUCUCAAUGGAGAUGAUCGAACCGAUAUUGAUGUUGUUGACAGCAAUAGUACAAAUGCUGAUGAAAUUCAUAUAACGGCGCGAACUUCGCCGCAUUCUCCGCAACACAAUUCCCCCGCUGCAAAAAGUAAUCGCGCAAUAUCAACAGAAAACGAACAAAGGCAUCGGCCGCUUCCACCUUUGCAUACGAUAACAGCUGCCGCCAAUUUGCCAUUCCUUCAAUAUACUACAGGCGUUAACGUAAGCAGUGCUAAUCUUAUACCGGCACCAAGUAACGUCCAACCUUAUGAUUUGCCUAUGCCACAUCCGUUGCUAAUGAUGGCAAAUCCUAUGAUCAAUCAGCCUCCAUCGUACUAUUCUAAUCUUGGUGUCUCAACAUCGACAACAUCAGUUCCUCAUUCCGCAAACGAUCUGCAUCAUCGCAUCAAUUCAAGUCUACGCACCGUAUAG